AUGCAUGACGAAGCUGCCGAUUUGCGACCGACAAAGCGGCUGAAGGGCGUCCAGCUCCCGCACCAGGUCCAAGACUUGCCCCACGUGAUGAAGCUCAUUGAUGAAUUUGUCAUGUCAGUCUCUGAGGCGCUGGUUGCCGCUGCUGCGACGAACCAAGUCGAGUGGCUCAGCCGUCUGCUCGACCGACCAGCACUGUCUGACCAAGAGGAAUGUGUAGCGUCAACGGCUACAGAAGUUGCUGCAGCCCACGGCCACUGUGAUGUUAUCAACUUCAUGUACAGCAGCUGGGACGACCCGGAUUUAACGUGGGCCAGACAGAGCUGCAAAUUUUUCCUGUUCAAGGCGAUCGCUGGUGGACAUGUGGCUGCAUACAAGCUGUUGCUCUCUUUGUACGGAGAUCGACUUGUAUUGCUUCCGGCGUUGGAGCAGGCAGUGACAUUGGGCCAGCAAGAAAUUGUAUCGACCACAAUUUCCGCUUUGAAUGGCAAAGGUGUCCCGUUGGUGGACGCACUUUUGUUGACAGCCAAACAUGGAGAGCUUAACUUGAUGACUCGCGUUUUAGACACUUACCCUCAUGCAGAGGUAUUGGGCCCGCUGGCUGCGUAUCGUGUGAUGUUGGAGGCGUGCUCUCAUGGAUAUCUCGAUAUGGUCCAGUUCCUGAACGAGAAAUAUGGUCAACGACUGUAUACGCAUGAUGGCUAUGACGCAAACACUCCAGCUGCACUUGCUAUUGCCAUUGCCAAUAGCCACAUGGACGUUGCUGAGUACUUGUACGCCAACAACGGAUUCAACCCGUCCUUCAUUGAUCCUGUGCUGUCGAGUGCAAUCGACGCUGGCCAGCUCGGAUUGGUUAAAAGGUUCUUCGACGACGGACUACUCAAUGGGUCAGAGUCAGUACUCGGGAAGGCUUUUGUUUGUGCUGCCGGAAGUGGGCAGCUUGCAAUCACCAAGUUCCUGAAAUCGAAAUCCACGUUCGGUAUUAGCGAUUUCUUUUUUACCGAAGCUAUCAUGAAAGCGGUAUGGUCGGGGUCCUUGGAAACUGUGGAGUUCCUGUAUCCAGCUGAUGAUCACCUGAUGUAUCCAGGUUUUCUCGAUAUAGUGUUCACGUCUGCUGCUUCUUCGGGACAACUCGAAAUUGUGCGAUUCUUGGACUCGAAAAGGCAGGUCUCUCCCGAUCUAAUGCUUAAAACUUUCAUGGAGACGACAUGGAACUGGGUUUUAGAUGGCAAGACCAUCCCCGAUCAAGUGGGUGUCUUGGAAUUUUUAUACACUAAGGCCGGCGUCGCGCAUGAGAUGAUCAGCUACGCUUUCAUGGACGCUGUACGCGGCAGCAGUGUCGAAGUGGUCAAGUUCUUGUACGAGAAGGGUGAUAUUUCGGCAGAUUUGGUUGACGAAGCAUUCCGUUGUGCUACAUGUGAAAUCAGCGCUGAUGUCGUUGAAUUCCUCUACAAGACUGGCGGUGUCAGUUCCGAGUCGGUUGGGUGCGUCUUCUGGAACGCUGUUGCUGAUGAUGACGUUUACGUGCUGGAUUGCCUUUUCAAGUGUGGAUGCAUCCCUCAAACAUGGGUUGAAGACGUCUUACUGCAUCAUAUUUCAACAUGCAGUAGCAGAGUGAAGCAAUUCUUUCACAUGAAGCACAGGCGAUAA